UCCCAAAGCUCCUCCCUUGUAAAUAGCCGUUGCCCGGCCCAGGGGAUACUUCCGGAGCGCCGCUCUAGCCAUUCCAUUGCUUUGGACUGGGCUGGACGGCGUGGAUUGGAGCGCGGCGGCCGGCUGAAGGGCGCCGGAAGCCCCGCCUCCUGCUUCCGGCGCCCUUAGCAACCGCGCCCUUAGCAACCGGAGCGAGAGCGCCAGAUGGAGACGGAGGCGCUGGCCCCUCUGGCGCUGCCCCGCGGGCAGAAGCUCCACUGCGAGCUGUGCCUUGCCCCGGCCACCGUGCGCUGCGGCCGCUGCGGGGUCACCUACUACUGCGAUGUAGAACAUCAGAGUGCCGACUGGGUCAGCAUCCAUGAGAAGAUCUGCUCGCUGCUCCUUCCGUUGCGCACAGCCUUCCCUUUUUACAAUUCUGAAAAAGAAAGAAAGCAUGGGCGGGAGCAGAAGAUCAGCAGAGAGAAGUUCCUGGCAGGACUGACCCAUACAGUUGCCCAGAAUUUCCUGUUUGAAGGCAAGCAUGAGGACGCCAUCCCAGCAGCCCUGCAUUCCCUGAAAUUCAGCAUCAGCGUCUAUGGCUCGGAUUCUGUGGAACUGGUCCCGGCGUAUCUCAUUCUAGCUGAGGCAAGCCUGGGCCUCGGGCACCUGCCUCAAGGAGAGGAAUAUCUUUCGCAGGCCCACUGGAUCAUCCUGAAAAACCCUCACUCCAGCAGCGCCACCCAGUCUAAUCUCCAUCGCAACCUGGGCCUCCUCUACGCUGCCAGGGGGAACUUUGAGGAGUCUUUACGCCAUCUGGCCAAUGAUGUCUACUACGCCUCUUGCGCUUUUGGGACCAACAGCGUGGCGGUCUCCGGAGGGUACUUCCACAUGGCAAACGUUUUCUUCCGACAGAACAGAAUGGACAUUGCCGAUUCCCUGUACACAGAGGUUGUUGACAUUUGGCACCAGCACUUCUGCCAUCUGAUUGACCUCCAGUAUCAAACGCUGAUGACCCCCGCUGCCAUCGACAUGUUGUCCGAAGAAGUGGAAACUGCUGACGAGACUCUGAAUGAAAAGGAAAAAGCCGAAGCGACUCAGAUGUUGGGAGCCAUCUUGGAGAUGCGAGAGCAGUCCGCGAGGCCGCAGCUGGCAAAGAUCGCCAAGGUGGUCCACGCCCUGGCCAUGCUUCAUUACUUGACCCGGGACCUGCCAAAGGCAAGCUCAAGAGUGUGUGACAAGAGUCCUGCAGAUGAUGAAGCAGCUGCCCAAACGGGAGCCGGAUGAAUCCCUCCGCCGCUUGAUCAAACUAAUGAAAUCCAGGCCCGUCUAUGGCAAGUAGUGACACCAUUCUCUUCGAUGAGCAUCGAGACACUCCUUGGGACCUGCCUGCCCCCUGGUUGGCAGCCUGCCCAUCCUUUUGCCACCACCGCAAUCCAGUUUUGAAUUAAAUUGUCACUCUUUGUAGACGCACAAACCGGGGACCUCUUGGGGCCUUGCCAGCUCAGGCUCUCUGUCCUAACCAUCCAUGUGUGGGUGCACACACUCACCUCCAUGUCCUAGACAAUGUCUAGAGUCUGCAACAUUGCCCAUAUACUGCAGAGCAGGUAUGCCCCUAAGACAGAAUUGUGGCAUCAAUAGCUAGGGAUAUUUUGGACUACAGAUCCCAUAACUGCCUAUUCUGGGAGUUUGACCUGGGAAAUCUGACUCACCUGAGA